AUGGAAACCUUUAGAGUAAACAAGCUUGGAAGAACUUUCACGCCAGGGAGAUCUUUAAGCGUGGAUAUGUGCAUGCAUAUAAUUGAUAGAAUAUUAGCUGAGGGUGGAGACCGAUUAAGCGGAUAUAUACCAGUAACGUAUAUGUUUCUUUCCCAACAAUUGAGCGUGUCACCGAACACCAUAAAAAAUAUCUGGGGUCAGUAUUGUGAAGAUUUCAAUGUGACUGCCAGAUCAACAGGUGGUUCCAGAAAUAACAAACUCAAUCAAGAUGACCUUGAGCUUAUUGAGACAUUAAAAGUUGAGAAACCGUCAAUGUCCCUUGCGGAAUUAGUUGAUGUAGUUUCUCAGCACCCAGGAUUGCAAAAUGGUGUCUGCAAAAUCAGCGUGUCUGCAAUCUCACGAGCAAUACGUUCUGGUCGCUUGCCCACUGGUCAGCGUUAUUCUUGA